AUGUCGCUUAUGGUUCGCAAAGACAGAAGCGUCCAGUCCCUUGGGCCAGGAUGCACUGUCUCACGAAUGGCCGAGCUGCCUACUAUAUGCAUUUCCUCCAAUCCCUCUGCUAUGGGAAACAUUAGACAGAAUCUCCCUGUACAAGCACAGAGUGCUACUUGUGGCACCACGGUGGCCAGCCAGACCAGGGUUUCCUUUGUUACUGAGACUUCUGACAGGCAAUCCGUGGCAGCUUCCCCCCAGAAAGGACCUCCUCUCCCGGCUGGAGGCCAGCAUCUGGCACCCGGACCCAGCUCGUCUGCAGCUCUGGGAAACCUUUUCAAUUUAUUUAUGAAAUUCCCAGUGAGGUCUGGAAUCGGGACAUGCAACAUUAAUAAUGGACCUGCUAUUCCAGUAGUGUAUGAUACUGGAGAUGCCAUAUCAACCAGAAAUCUGUAUGGUCCUCAUUCAAGAGGAAUAUUUGAGCCCGGAUUCAUCACAUUCAGAGUCUUCAAUACUGAAAAGGCAGCUAUGGCUCUUUGUUUAUGAGUUAAACCAACUGCUUGUCACACUGAACAUUUCUGUAUUGGUGGAGGUGGACACUUUCCUGAGGGCGCCCCUAGACAGUGUGGGGACUUCACCAGCUUUGACUGGGAUGGCUAUGGUAUUAAUGCAGGAUGGAGCGCUUCCAGAGAAAUAACUGAAGCAGCUGUACUUCUCUUUUAUCGCUGA